UACCAAUAUACAAACUUUGUUAGAUUGAUAGAUUUUGGCUUUACAGAAUCAUUCUACCGCAAUUGUUCUAUAGAAAACAAUCAUUGGGUAAAUCUUUUAACAAAUUAGUCCUGUUGGGUGUAUCUAUCUCAAUGGCUUUGUAGAGGUGAGAGAGUCUUGCUCCGAGCUAUAAUCUGGUUUAUCCAUUUAAUCAUAAUUACAUGCCUUAGGGCAGGAGUCCAAUAUACAAAGAUUGGUUUUGAAUUCCAGGUUAUACGGAACAAUAUACUAACUCGAAUGAGUGUCCUGACGAAACAUUUGCCUGAAGUUUAUAAAGUUUUAGCCCAGGCUUUAUAAUGCGACUAGAUUUUUUCUAUGCUUUUCAAUAAAUGUGACACAUCGCACCUAUAUUUUAAAAAUUAGAGGAAAAUGUCCUAUUUUAGAGUAUAUUGCGGAGUCACAUUUAUUUAUUUAUUUCUUCAGAAUUUUCCCCUAUAUUCAAAAUAUACCAUGCGGGUGAUUUUGCUCUCUGGGGGUGACUAGGGUAAGUGUGCCAAAUUUCGGCAUAGUUGCAUGCAAGCGUCAAAGUCUCAAGUUUGAAGUGUAAUAUUUUAAAUACAAAUUGAUAUUUUUAUUCUUUCUUCUGAAAGAGUGUUGCUUGGAGCCUUGUAUAGAGUUUACCGUCUUUAUUUACUCUAAAAUCAUUCUUAAUACAUUUUAAAAUGAAUAAAAAUAUAGACAUAGCUUGGGUACCGUAUUUCGGCCACUUUCAUUCUCAUAGUUCCUAGCCCUUCAAGAAUUCUUCCAAUGCCUUUUUCACGUCAUAUCGUUAGUCAAAGCUACAUUUUUUGUUAUUCUUUUGCAUUGUAUAAUCUCUAGAGUACGUAAAAUCUAAAAGUUCAUGGAAAUUCGAGGAACAAAAAAGGUGGCCGAAAUUGCAAGCUGGCCGAAAUUUGGCACACUUACCCUACCUCUUUGCUGUUCAUAAGCUUUUCUUAAAUUCAAGCACUUAAGGAUGGUCUUCUUCGAUCUCACCUACCAUAUCCAAUUGGAGAGGACCAUCCUUAAGUGUUAGAGUGAAAGAAAAGUUUACAAGAAGCAGGGCGAAAAAUUUACCCCAGGUGACUUUACACUAUCAUUUUCAAUUUCAUUUAUGAAAGCAUUGGGUCCGCGUACGUGAUAUACCAAAAAAAUAUGAUUUCGGAAGGGAAGCAAAAGGCUGAAAGAUAACCAAAGUUCUUCUAGAAUAGCUUUUUAUGAGGGUGACCGGUGAUCGUUCAUCAGAAAUCGUUAUCUCUUACUUUAAUCACAAAUCCGAAAUAAUUUUCAUAACUGAUUGGAACUAGUUGCGAUUUAUCCGGUAUUCGGAGACCUUUAUAAAAACCAAAUUUUGCAAGAAUUGAAUGUGAAAAGCGUCUUGGUAGAGUUGUACAACUUUUGACCUUGAAAAAUUCUUCAAAUAUAUCAAGGUAAUACAAAUGACCUUAAAAUAAUAUGGACCGAAGGCUUGCCUGGACUACUAAUAGCAUCUUUUUGAAUUCUGGAUCUUAAAAAUUAGGAAUCUUAAGUGAUAAGAUGAAUCAGUGAAAUCUCAGUUCAACUUAAAUAAACUGGUCAAACAGUCGUAAGGACUUUAUUGUUCCAAAUACUUUUAGAUAAUUAACAUUAGUUAGAAGACUAACGUUCCUACCCAACAACCUAUUGGAUCAAUCUAUACUUAGACAGACGUGCGAUCACGUCUUGUAUCUGAAGAUGUUUAUUCACUGAACCACGAUGCCUUUUUGCACAAAACUUUCGUGCCCACUGCUCUCAUCGCCCAAGCGUAUUUCUGUGUGCGUGAAGAGUGAGAAAAGUCCGACGACACCCAAAAUUCACCAUUUGCCUUCUGAUCCACAUUCUCUCUUCAGCAUUUUCUCCGACUCUCGGGAAAAUUCUCACCCAAAGUGCAAAAAUUGCGAUCAAAUGUUGAGAUUGUGUCUCUCUGGGUGGAUUCGUUUCUUGGGUGUUCGACAAGGGGAAAAAAGCUGUUCGAGUUGCGAUUGAAGAUCUAUAUAACAUUCGCGAUUAUUCACUUUGAAAGACGAUUUAAAGAAAAAAGUAAAAAAAAAGACGUGUUUCGACUUAGAAAAAGGGUCUGAUUAUUCUCAGUCCUUUAGAAAAUUUCAUCUUCCGGCAGGGCAUCAGUUUUCUGGGGCCAAAUUGAUAAAGUCCAGUGAUUUGAGUGAACCAAUAAAUUGCAUAAGUUUGUGAUUGUAAAGAGAAACUUUGAGAGGAAUUUUCCAAAUGUGCAAAUGAUAGAAUCAAAUGGACAUUUUGAUGGAGGAAAAUUUGGCGUAGAGAGAGCGAGAGAAAUCUAUAAUAUCCCGGUUUGUGGACCAAAAAUAAAAAAAAUAAAUAAAUAAAAUAAAAUGAUAUAAUUUUCAAUGCAUAAAAAGUGUGUUAGAAAUAUCUUUUCCAUCUCACAUAUUCUCCCCGUGUGGAGAAAUUUCCGUUUUCAUAAAAAUAAAUUCCCAUAAAUUUAAUUUAAAAUAUUCCCGGUGUGUGUGAAAGAGAGUUGAAGCAAAAAAAAAAAAGCUUUUCGUGUUCUGUGGUGUCACUGUGCAGAAAGAAAAAUUUGUAGAAAAAAAAAGAGUAGAAGUUGCGCGAACAGAAUAGAUUUAAAAAAAAAAGAAGCAACAAAAAGUUGUGAUAAAAUAAAAGAUCUCCACGAUUGCGCCUAAGUAGUGGGUAAGGAAGGCAGGAGGAGGUGGUGGGAAGAACGUGGACGCGCGGAGGAUGACUCGAGAUGGGCGAAAGUGGGCAAAGUGAGUGUUAGAUGAGAGACUGUCGAGGCGCCAGGACGUGGCAAAAGUCUCUGUGGCGGCAUGAAAGAUUGGUCCGUGUGACGGCAACUGGUGGCCCCAGGAAAUUAUGCCCGUUAGCACCGAUUAUGGCGAACCACCUGCAAAGUGCUGCAAAUAUUGUGAUGAGUUUACGGAUAGCGUGGAUGGACCUGUAUCGUGGCGUUUAACGCUCGAUCAGGAUCUUAUUGACACGCUCCAGCAAAGUUUUCCAAAUUGGUUCAAUUCCACAGCCAUUUGUGAGUCUGACUCCGAUAAUAUUUCCACCAAUUACCACUUUUCUGGGCAAUUGCUGACAUCCAUUGACAGAAUGGCUGAAGGCGAACGUUCAGCAAAUACAUCAACAUCCACGGACAAUACGAGUUCAUCACUAACAAGUGGUUUAAAUACAAGACACUCACCGCCCAAAGCUGUUGUCGAUUCCAGUCCGUUGCAACCGGCAAUGGAUAAGAACAAAGAAUCUCUCAAAGUGAAGUUAAUGAUGCGGAGGCCCAUCACUCAGCUGGUGGAACAAGGGAUUCUGCCACCCCUGAAAACAUCACCGGCAAUUCAUGAACAGAGGAAGCAGCUUCAGAGGGCGAAAACGGGUGAUUUGCUCAAGGCAAAGAUACAACAGAGGCCUGAUCGGCAGGAACUGGAACGGAGACACAUUCUGGAGCAUGAUGAAAGUCAUGUUGAUCCGAGUUUGGCGGAGAAGCAGCGUAUGCUGAAGAAAGCCAGACUGGCGGAUCAACUGAAUUCACAGAUAUCACAUCGUCCGGGUCCACUGGAGUUGAUUAAGAAAAACAUUCUGCACACAGAGGAGCCUAUUGAGAGGAUCGUGAAGGAGGGUCUGGUGACAUUUAAGGCCACCAGUGAGGGUUUGCUAAGUCGUCCACAGCAACCACACAGUUACAUCACAUUCGAGGAGGAUUCACAGAGUUCUGAGGGUGAUCAGCGUUCGAGUCCGGCUAGGGGAUCAUCGGCGGGUAGCGAUGUCAUCGAGACGGCUGCAGCGUCAGCGGGAAUUGUCACUGUAGCACUGACAAUUCCUACAACAGGUGGUGCUGUGAUGGUAACAUCCGCUACUCCGGUUCUCCAGAGCAAAUUCCACUCAAUUCUUGCCCCCUAUGUGUCUUCGGCUCCUCCACCUCCACCUCCCCUGCCCAUUAAGAAUGACACCAUUCAGAUCAGUUCAGAGACCCCACAGAGAUUUGCUGAGCUGUGUCAGUCGGUUGUUGGUUACGUCACGACAAAUUCCACGUUGAUUCCAAUUGCUCCGGCCCCGAGUCCCUCAUCGUUGGCUAGUACGAGUUCAAGUCUCAGUCCGAUAUCGUCGGUACCGUCACCACAGCAACAACCAGCUCGUCCGACAAUUGCACCGGCUACACCAAAAUCAGAUGCACCAGGAAAGGAUAAGUAUCGGAAGAAGAGUAAGAGUAAACCAGUUGUGAAGGCCCGACCAAUUAAAUUCCACGAGUACAAGGGUCCACCAAAUGCCCAAAAGGUGAGUUCGUUGACGAGUAGUGCUCAAACGGAGGAAACUUCGUAUCAGUUGCUGCUGAAGCAACAAAACUGCCUACUAGAGUAUCUCGAAGGACUCAAUAAGACAUCGAGUACGGGUCAACAGACUCCAGUUAAGAGUGAUUCCUCCUGCAAUAGUGUGAUCUCCCAGCCGAUUCCCUCUCCAGCACAAUCCGUUGCAUCAUCGACGAAUGAGAGUUGUAGCUUUUCGGAAACUUCAACGGCUGCUGAGAUUGCAAAGUUGGAGAAGAUGAAGGUGUUUGAUUUGAAGUUGCAACUGAAGAAACGCAAUUUACCCGUGUCUGGACCCAAACCUCAGCUUAUUGAACGUCUCAAGCCCUAUCUGCCGCUGGAACCUGUAUCGACUGUUGCGGCAGGUGAUGUAGUUGCUAGUGAGACAACAGAUCUCGAUGUUGUCAGUUCAAUGUCACCGGAAUCUGAUGAACCUGAAAAUAUGGAUGUUCAAUCGUAUGAUGCAAUUAUGGAGGACAACAUGUCACCUGCCGUGAUGAAUGAGGAAUUGGUGAAGGAACAACAGAGGAAGAUUGAUGAGUUGCAGCGGAAGCUGAAGGAGAGUCAGGAUGAAUUGUUGCAAAUGAAGCAGAUUCAGACACCAGUAACAGAAGCUCCGGCUCUCACGCAGAAGAUGAUAGUGAAGCAGCAACUGGAAGCGAAGAUACAGAAGGAGAAGUUGCAGCAGUUGGAGAAUCUGAAGAGGCAACAGAAGGAAUUGAUAAAGGCAGAAGUGAAGAGUGAACCACACCAGCAUGUUCAGAUAACAGAUGCCCAGUUGCAGCAGUUGCAGCAGCAGCAGCAGCAGAGUGGGAAGAAUAAUGUGGAGAUUGUGUGGAAUGGGGAACCGACACUGCUACUGGUGAAUUUGCGGGAUAAGAAGGAGAAUCAUCAGCAAACAUCCAUUCCAAGAAUACUUGUACCAAUUGCCGCAAAGGCUGAUGUUGAACCGCCACCGUUGAAACCGCAGGAGAUUCAGGUGUUGGGAGUUAAGUCAGAACCACCGCUAUCUGUGCAAUUUGACGAGAUGUCAGGAGGAGCAGCUGAAGCACUGAAAUUCAUUACGAGUCAAACCACAUCGACAGCUACGCCAACAACAGCAACAAAGACCAAUGGGAAGAUUCCACAUAGGAAUUCGCAACUCAUCACGGAUGUCCUGGAGAUUCUCAUACGAAAUGGAGAACUUCCAGAGUCAGCUGCUCAAAUACCCGUAACACCUACGACUCCAGGAACGGCAACUGGAGGAGCUACAGGACCUCCGCCAUUGAUGGAGGGUAUUGUGUUUACGAAACCCAAUCUUCCGGCGCCGACGGAAGUGCCUGAAUUUGGGAGUGCAUCGGAAAAUGGUGGGAAUGCUGUAGAGAGUAUGGAUCUUCUGUCACCUCUUCAUCCUGAUCCCAUAAGUGAUGCUGAAAAUGCUGUGGAUACGUUAAAUAUGUUCCUAGAGCAGUCAUCCACGGGAAUGGAUGCUGGGGGAAAGGAAUGUGAUCCAGUUGACCUCAAUCACUUCGAUGAUCUUGCAUUUAUGGAACUGAUGAGUCAUCAGAUGGACAUGGAUAUUACGGAGGAUGGUCCAACUGAACCACCACCACCACCACCUCCAUACAGUCGAACCAGGCGUGAGAUGAAUCCCAGUCUGCAGCCGUCACUGAGUGAACUGAUACAGCAACAAUCAUCAGGUGGAUUUUUUGCCAAUGGCGGACAAUCUACGGGAUCUGGAAAUAACAAUCUUCAUUCGUCCAUCAGCAAUAACAAUCUCGUCAAUGAGAUUCAGAUGGAAAUGGAUGAAUUUUCAAAUUCACUCCCACCAUUUGACUUUCCUGCCCUCAGUGGUACACUAAGUCACGAUGUUGACAAUCCAACAACACCAUUUACAUUCAGCAGUGUCAGUGGACUUUCCACAUCUACUGCAACGACGGCUGAUGAUGCAGCACCAACUACUAGCGUUGUAAGUUCACAUUGUGGAGCUGAACAGAAUCUCUACGAUAAUGCCCAUGUUGCCAUGCAACAAGACAAUCUGCUGGAUCUGCUCAGUUUUGACGAUCUUCGAAUGUCAGGGGAGUCGAUGCCGUGGAGUGAGGUAGACUUUGCCGUGUGAGGACAAUCAGCUGUCGUGUGAUCGUGCAAAUGGCAACAGCUGCAAUGGAGAGAUGAGACACUCCAAGUGAUGAGAAUCUUCCGGAGGACACAAUCGCAGUAACUACAUCAUUUUUUCUAAAUAUUUUCUACACAAACAAUAUUUAAUCCACUAUUUAAGUCGAAUGUGUGGGAAUAUUUCAAAAAUAUUCACCUACAAUUGAAACUCAAUAGGAAGUUUCAAGAGUUGAGCAUUGAAAGAUGCUCAAUGCUAAUGAGAGAUCCUCAUUUGAGGACAAAAGAAAAAAGAUGCAUAAAAGCUAAUUUAAAUAAGAGAGAGAGAGAGAGCUUAACAUUGAUUCUAAGAUAAACUUCAGCAUAAUCCAUCAUGACCAAUAAUAUGUAGGGGAAUGAUUGAGAGGGAGAGAUAAAAAAACAGCGUGCAUGAGAUACGACUCUUACAAAAAAAAAUACAUAUUUUACUCACACUACAACGCUAAAUUCUCUAAAUAAAUACAACAAUGUGCUGA